GAGAAGGAAUAUGUAUACCUUCAAUCGCCAAACCUUCCCUUAUCAACUCUUUCUAAGGCUAUCAGCCAUAACGAAGACUUCAUUGAACCUCAGAAGCUAGCUCAAGAGCUCACUGUCCUCAGAAAAUAAAGAGAGACAAUCGGCUGCUGCCUCUUGGACCUUACCGAACCCUAACUAUGUCAAGAUUUAAGCUAGCUCAAGAGCUCCCUGUCCUCAGAUAAUAAAGAGAGACAAUCGGCUGCUGCCUCUUGGACCUCACGGAACCCUAACUAUAUCAAGAUUUACUUUGAUGGAGCUGUUAGCAAAAAGGUAACAUUCAGGAUCGGUGACAGCCAUCGCUCAUAGCCAUCAGGGCUACCGUAGGGGGUUGGGUGUGCAAAAUUUUCAAAGAAGUAAUGGAUCCUGUGAUUCUGGAUGGCCUAGCCUGUCACAAAGCUCUACUGCUAGACAAAGCCAAGGGAAUAAAGGAAAUUGUUAGCAGCGGAGAAAUUGACUUUCAACGGAGUUAUCUCUGUAAUGGCGUUAAAUUAUUAAGCUUUUUAUUUUUUUAAAAUAAAAUUUAUGACUCAUAUUAUUAAUUGACGUGUAGUGGUUUCAUUGGUUUGGAACACCAGCCCCAUCUAGGUGAGGUGGUAUACCGGGAAUAGAGAUUAAUUUCCCAUGUAUCGCAAUUCUCUCUCUUGGUCGGUAGAGCUCUUUCUUUUAACCUCCCCCUUCGCUAUCUUUCUGUUCUUCCAAAAUUUCGUCUCAACCUCAGCCUCUCGGAUCACACUGCAUGUCUUCCCCUGCGUCCUCUUCUUCCUCCCCUGUCUGAGAUUGGAUCUACUGAAUAGAAGACAACCAUGUCCGAAUCUCACUCUGCUACCUGCAUGUCUUCGGUCACCUCAACACACGCCCUUGCCUUCUCCCCUGGCUCAGACCAGUCAGUCAACGACUCCCACUUGUGCCGUUUCGAUUCUCUCCAUCUGGGCAACAAAUCCCAACUACCGGUAGCCUCCCUUGCCCCUGGAAUCAAGCGAAUGGACUUCGACGUGACAAUUUGUCAGAAUUGUGGUGAUAGAGGCUUCUCCAAGGCACUGAUUUUUUGUCAUGAAUGCCAGGCUUAUGCUGUGCAUUGCUAUUGCUUAGAUGCAUUGCCACAAACUUUUGAUGAGUCUUUGGUAUGGUUAUGUGAGGAUUGUGAUCCAAAGAUCACAAAAUUAUCCUGUCGGAGACACAGUUCAAGAUAAGGCAGCAAAAAGGGCAAGAAGGAAUGCGCAGGGCUGAUUGGUUUAUCCUAGAAGGCCAAAGAAGGUUCCAAAAGGAGAGCAAAGUUUUCCCGCAAAGCAAGAUUUCAGUUGGCUGAAAUUCCUGGGGAGGAAGAGGCGCAUGAGCCAGAAGGUGCAAUAAAUAACUAUUUAAAAAGCGAUCAGAAUGGGAGAGCUGGGGAAAUAGCAGGAUAGUCUCUGCUAUGAAUUUUGUUAUCUUUCUUCUUUUCUUAAUUGUUGAAUCAUUCCUUAGAGAACUCAUUGUAAUCCUUCUCCAGAUUUCUGGCUCAUUAAUUAAUCACCCUGAAUUGUUCUGCUUAA